AUGGCCACCGGCCUCCUUCCCUCCGGAGCCCUCGCCGUCAAGGCCGCGGCCUCCUCCUCCUCCAACAACAAGUGGCUGGCCCGGAUCUUCGGCUUCUCCUCCGACCCGGGCUACAUUGACUCCGCCGGCGGCAGCAGCGGCAAGGUCGCCUACCCCAGGAAGGCCGACUUGGAAGGCUCGGGCUCGAGCCUGUCCGCGGCGGGGAGGCCCCGCCCCGACCCGAUCCGGUUCACGGAGGAGAAGGCGCGGCUCCUCAGGCUCAUGACCUCCGACGCGGCCUCCCGCCACGACGCCAUGUAUCACUCCGCGAUCGCCUCCCGCCUCGCUUCGGACUUCGGGAACCCGACCGAUCUGUAA